UGAUUACCAUAAACAGGUAAACUAUCCAAGGCUUUAUUUACGUUUUAUCUACGAGGAUAAAGGCUUUGGAGAAGGUUUGUUUAUUUUGGUAUGCAAAGUGUUUCACAGUAUGGCAGCGUUCCGCAAUCUAAAAUCUUCUAGUCUCACGCGGUCAUUCAUCGGUUGUCUCAAGGGGCAUCUCAAGCAUAGCCAGAACUAUUCAGCGACAUUACCUCGGUUGACGGAGGUUUUUAAACGAACCUAUACAUUAGAGAUUAAUGAAUUAGGGCAAAUCCAACAGAUUAAUCGCAGAAAAUCAUCUUCGAAUGGAUUGGGAAAUCUAGACGAUGGAGGACCCGAACCAAUGUACGACAAAGUCAACUCUGGUUAUCAAAUCUUCCAUUCGAAAGAAGCAUUUAAAUUUUUUGGAGGUGGUGAAAUACCAGAACUAGUAUUGGCUUAUGAAACGUGGGGAGAGCUGAACAAGGGAAAAGAUAAUGUUAUAUUGCUCUUUACUGGCCUUUCGCCUUCGUCACAUGCUAGAAGUCAUCAGGAAAACCCAAAUCCUGGUUGGUGGGAGAGAUUUAUCGGACAUGGGUGUGCAUUGGAUACGGAUAAAUUUUUCGUGAUUUGUGUGAACGUCAUUGGUGGGUGUUAUGGAUCAAGUGGCCCCUCUUCCAUUAACCCUUUAACUGGAAAGCAUUACGGUACAACGUUCCCAUGCGUUCGCGUCCAAGAUAUAAUAACAUCUCAAUUUCUAUUGCUAGAUUAUCUCGGAAUUAAUACGAUUCAUGGCAGUGUUGGUUCGUCUUUGGGUGGAAUGUCCUCGCUACUUGCAGCAGCAAUGUUUCCAAACAGAGUGAAACGAGUUGUAUCCAUAUCAUCGUGUGCGCAGUCACACCCUUCGUCCAUAGCUCAGAGAUACAUCCAACGUCAGGUACUAAUGAGUGAUCCAAACUGGAAUAAUGGAUUCUAUUAUGAUGGGCCGUUUCCUUUCUUAGGAAUGAAAAACGCCAGAUCUAUUGCGACAGCGAGUUAUCGAAGUGGUCAAGAAUGGGAAACAAGAUUUGGCCGGAGAAAAAUUGAGAAGCCGCGUGAAGGCCAAACAAACCCUUGUUUGGGUGCCGAAUUUAUGAUUGAAGGUUAUCUUGAUCACCAAGGUGAAAGCUUUUGCUUGAAAUAUGAUCCAAAUUCCAUGUUGUAUAUCUCCAAGGCUAUGGAUCUUUUUGACUUGGGAGACGGUUGUAGUUCUAUCAUUGAAGGAGUGUCCAGGAUAAAAUGUCCUUCUCUGAUUAUGGGCGUCCAAUCAGAUCUGCUUUUUCCAGUGCAACAACAAAGAGAACUGGAAGUACUAUUGAAAGAAUCAGGGAAUCAUUCAGUGACUUAUUACGAAUUACCCUCCAUAUUUGGUCAUGAUACGUUUCUUCUGGAUGUCAAUGCAGUUGCAGCCGCAAUCAAGGGUCACCUUGAAACAGAUUUAACAUUCGUGGGAAAGAAGUCCAAAUCAUGAUGAUAAAUACCAACACCAUAAAAGCGCAAGACAUUA